AUUCACACCACUAACACAGCAGCCUCAUACCCCAGUACAACUUUCGUUGCAUGUCAUAAAUAUAUCUUCCGCCAUGCCUGAGGACGACAAAUACGACGUCCUCGAGAAGAUUGGACAUGGCUCCUUUGGCGUCAUUCGCAAGGUCAAACGGAAGUCUGAUGGAUAUAUUCUCUGCCGGAAGGAAAUUAGUUACUCCAAGAUGUCGCAGAAGGAGCGCGAGCAACUCCAGGCAGAGUUAUCCAUCCUAAAGGAGCUUCGACACCCCAAUAUCGUCGCCUACUUUGAGCGCGACCACAUCAAGGCUUCGCAGGAUCUUCAUCUUUAUAUGGAGUACUGCGGAAAUGGCGAUCUAGGACGAGUCAUCCGAGACUUGAAGAGCAAGAACCAGCUCGCCGAAGAGGAAUUCGUCUGGAGUAUCUUCUCCCAGAUCGUCAGCGCAUUGUACCGCUGCCAUUAUGGAGAAGAUCCUCCUGCAGCCGGACGCAAUGUUAUGGGCCUCGGUGCAAAUGCGAAACCGCGAGGGAAUGGCAAGCCCAUGAUCCUGCACCGCGACUUGAAGCCCGAGAACAUCUUUCUCGGUGACGACAACUCCGUAAAGCUCGGCGACUUCGGCCUCUCCAAGAUCCUCCAGUCCCACGACUUCGCCUCAACCUACGUCGGGACCCCCUUCUACAUGUCCCCUGAGAUCUGCAAGGCCGAGCAAUACACUCUCCACUCCGACAUCUGGGCUCUGGGCUGCAUUAUCUAUGAAAUGUGCGCAAAGCAGCCGCCUUUCAACGCAAAGACGCACUUCGAGCUUAUUCAGAAGAUCAAGCUCGGAAGAUACUCCCCGCUCCCAGCUUGCUACUCCCCUGAGCUCGCUAAGGUGGUUGCCAGCUGCCUUCAGACAAACCCCAACAACCGCCCAGAUACCGCACAUCUAUUAAACCUCCCCGUCGUCAAGUUGAUGCGCAAGGAGCAGGAGGUGGUGAGGCUUGGUCAGGAAUUAAAGGAGCAGAAGCAGGCUGCAGCCCGCAUGAUCAAAGAGGCAGAAGAGAAGGUCGCGCGAGCGGACGCACACAUCGCCAACAUGCGCAAAGAGAUAGACAACCAGCUGCGACGCGAAUGGGAACUCAAGGCCCGGUUAGAGAUUGACCGGCAGGUUGCGCUGGAGCUGGAGAAGCUUCGACAGAAGUUCGAGGCUGAGGUUACGAAACGGGUCGAUGCUGCUCUCGAAAAGCAUCCUGCACGCCUCAGCACAUCACCGAAGCUGGCUCCUCGCUCAAACACACCAACCAUGCCCGCGGAGCAACAAGUCCUCUUCCCAACAGAACCAUUGGAAAUGGCCAUCAACGCUUCGACAAGCACAUUAGGCACCGCAUCCGACUUCGCCAGCGGCACCGAUAUUUCCUCGCUAUCUAUAGAAGACUCCGAAGAACCCACACAGCCCGUGCCAAAGAAGAGGUCAGCUCGCGCUCCUCUAUCACGAGCACGAACCAUGUUCACCGGCCCGGUAGCUGCCCAGCCUCCCCCAUCACCCAUGGACAUCCAAAUGGUAGAUCCCAGUCCCGCUCCCGCAUCUAUUGCCUCCCUCUCACUCUCCCCCCGUCGGCACGCUGCAAACCGCAGCAACAUCUUCGCCGCCGCCGCCGCCAAAGACAGCGCAAAGAAAUGGGAAGCAGAAGCCCCACCUUCCCCUAUAGAAGAUGACUGGAACGGCGACUUCGACGACGACGACAUCCCCGCCCUCCCAUCACCCACUCGCGCGCGCAGCGCCUCAGGCGCUCGCAAUGGAAACGAAGACCCCUUCAAAGUCCUCGCAGCCGGCCAACGGCCAAUCUUAAAGCCAAACCAACGUCUCGCCAGCGCCCCGAGCCUCUCUGCCCCAGGCCAGAAAACGCGUCCACAAAGUACCGUCCCCAUCGUCGCGACAUCUCCCAGCCGCACUAGAACAAAACCUAUAGCCAUAGACAGCGGGAGCCCCACCCGCAAACCCGCAGCCACGAAAAUUACUACGGAGGGUGGUCUCAAAUCCAAGAAAGGAAACGAACAGAUCCGCAUCCAAGCCAUCCGCAACAAUGGUAUCCAGGGCCGCACACUCGUUGAACUUCAGCAAGCGCGCGGGAUCCCGGUACAAGCGAUGAGUGAGGAUGAGGGGAAGCGCGGGUCCAGGUCGAAGACAAAGAGUCCGGUGAAGCUAGGAGCUAGAAGUGCGAAUGAACCUGCGAUCUGGGAUCCUGAGACGGAGUUUGAUAUGCCGAGUCCGUUCAUUGUGAGGUCGAAGAGGAUGGUUAAAUAGGAUGGUGAGCUGGGAGGUGAAAGGAGAGGGUUGGAAUAUGAGGUUUGGAUAUGAUGUUGACGAUGUGGGGUUUAGGUUUGGGGUACGGAAUCGAAAUCCAGGGGAGGGGGGUUGUACGAACGGCGUCGAGGCGCUAUUGAUUGGUAUCUGGGUGUGCGGUGCGAUGACAUAUCCCGUUGCGUCCUACCCAGUCCUAUCCUGUCCUGUCUAUUCAUCUCUUCCAUUUGUUGUUAUUCACAUCACAUUUCUCCAGCCUUCAUUGGCGGCAUCUUUGCAUCUUAGGCGAAAAUCUUUUCUUUUUCUAGAUACGGGCGUUCACUUUGGAUCGAUGACGGGGAUGAGGGGUUGGGUUGGACAAAUGUAU